AUCGCGAGAUCAAGGUCUGAUUCGCCAAAUCUCAUUUGACAUUAGCCUCGUUGGUAGCGUAGCGCAAGAAGGAACGCGGCACUGCUUUCUCGCAGAAGCUUAUUGUAUUAAUAUCACCUUCGUUUCUGUACAAGGUUACCAGCUAACGUUAGUCCAGCAUGUCACCCGUGGGGCAGAAAGAGAAGGCUGCCCUCAGGCAGUGCAUACAGGCCCGGGCCCAGCUGGAGGAUGCUGUCGCUGGGAUCGUCAAAGCUGAAGUUCAGCUUAGGAGCAACUCUAGAGAGGUGAAGUCUCAGUUGCACAGCUGUAUCAGUAGACAUCUGGAGAUCCUUCGCUCUCGUGAGGUGUGGCUGCUGGAGCAGAUUGAUCUGGUGGAGCAGCUCAAAGGAGAAACUUUACAUCAGCAGCAACAGCAGCUGCAUUUGCUCAAAGGCCAGUUUGACAUCCUCAUUCAUCAGCUGGAAUAUUCCAGUAGUAACAAUCUCGCCACCCAGCUCACCAACUGCCUGGAAAAGCUCUCUUCUCUCAAUAUGACUCCUGACGAAAGCCCAGAGAUGAGUUUCCAAGCAGAUGCACGCAGCUUGCGCCAGGCUAUCACAUCCUUUGGGACCAUUUCUACCCAGCACAUGGAGAUCUCAAACGCUCCUGAGAGACCAUGGCUUCUCCAGGACUGCCCAGUUUCUUGCAAGAAACAGAAAUUAGAUCCUGAAUGGGCCACACCUCUGGCUGAGUGGCUUCUAGGAAACCAUUCAGUAAGCAGCACUCCUGUAGGACACCACCUCAGCACAAACCCCCAGGACUGGCUGCUUGAUUCCAAGGAAUCUCAGGAAGAGCAACAGUUACCAGCCUUUGACUUCCUAAAAGCUUGGGGCCAGCUUCAAGACCUAGAGUCGUGGCUUGUGAAGGAGAAAUUGCCUGUUCGUGAGAGAACCUGUAGCGGAAGCUCAACCUUCUCGAUUGAGAUGAUCGAGGAAAGUGACCUAAAUGUGGAUGAGCUGGAAGUGGAAGACCAGCAGGACAAAUGGGAUGACGCUGUUGAGGAAGAAGAACUCAGCAAGUGGCUCUUCAGCCCAAGCCCGGUCAACCAAGAUAAAACCAGCCCGGUGUCAGAUGCUGACCGCUUCAAGCAGAUCAUCAAACCCUUUUAUGAGAGCUUCUCCCCCAGCGAUUGGCUGCCUAAAUCCGACUGCAGCUCUUGCUGUGCCACACGCACCACUGCUGUGGAAAUCGAGAACCUCGGAAAGCUCAAGUGCCUGAAGACUCCACCCUCAUCCGCUGCCAGCACUCCAGUCACCAGUCCAGAUCCCUUGGAGAUGUGGCUUCACAAGACCAUCCCUAUCGAGACCACCUGCAAAGCCAACGAGACCUGUGCCAGCUACGCUCAAUGUGUCUGUGACGACAACUGUGGAAAAGAUGCCCUCAGUGCUUGGCUCGUCAAGAAAGAGGGUCGAGAUAAGAAUGGCAUUCCUGUCAAUAAGAACGCCACAAACAAAGCCUCCAGCCACCAGCAGGAGCAGCAGCAGAAGGUUCAAGCCAUCCUAGAGGCGUGGCUGCACCCGAGCAACAGUGCCAAGUCCCCUGCCCUGUCGUCCCUCUCUGCCUGGGUGACCCCGUACGCAAAAACCUCAGACUCUGAGAGCUCUGUCCCGGAGUCUUUGCAGAACUGGCUUUUGCCAGCGAUGACGCACAUAAGCACAACCACUGAGACGUCAAACGAGCCAAAGACAGAGAACACUAAAGAGCAAGACAGCAAAGACUUCGAGGAGGACAAAUGGCUUCUACGCAAACGGGUCAGUGCGCAGGAAAGGCUAGUCCUACCUGCAGUAUGUGACCUAUUUUCCUGUAUGAAGCUCAGUGGGGACAAAGAGAAGUGGCUACAUCAAACAUCUACACAGAUAUGAAUGCAACAUCCACUGGCUUUUUGACUCUAGCGCCAUUUAAUCGCUGAUUAUUGCACAAUAUUUUUCUUCAGUGCUCUUUAGGGAUUAGUUCUCUCCAUAAUCUUCUUGAUUGAAAGGGUGAUUUUGGACUAAAGGUCCUGUCCAGGAGGUAACCAUCACUUGAGGAAAUGUUAAUGCAGGGGAAUUACUGUCUUUUUGCCAUUUUAUUGGCUUAACGCAGUUAAAUUCCAGUAAUGUGGUGGAGGCCAAUGUGUUUAUAUUAGAAUUCAGUAAUGUGAUUUAGACAUCACAAUGAAAUGGACCAGAUUGGUGCAUACAAAACAAAUACAUUUUUUUUUUCUUUUUCUUUUCCCUAUGAAGGCAUAGUGGGAGGAGGAGGAGGGGGUUGGGAUGAAUGAAAUAAAAACAUGAAUCUAUAUUACUUUUAAUCACGCACAGUUACAGCAUUUUUUUAUUCAUCUUCCAAAACUUAGUCCUGCACAUAUGGAGGAAAGCAUGCUCUAAAGCAGAGAAUGAUUUCCUCCAUCAGUUCUGUGAAAUAUAUAUUUAUAUAGAAGUUUACUAUUUUCUCAAGUAUUGAAUAAGCUUCCUUUGCCUUUUAUUUUACUUUAUUUCACUUUAUUUCAAUGAUUAUAUUAUAAACUUUAGUGGCAUAUAAAACGCCAGCUAAACAUAGCAUAACUUCUUUUAUUGGAACCUCAAGAAAUCUGAUAACUCGUGCCUGACAUCGAAUGUGUAGCAAUGCUUGCUAUCAGUCCACCUUCUGUAUGAGUGGAAAUCAAUCCACCAAAGUUCACCAUUUCUGCUGUGUCAUGGGCUACAGCAGCUGAUGUUUGUUGUGUGGUUUUUGUGUUAGGCUCAGACUCGUGGUAAAUGUUUAGCAUAGAAUCACUAGUUCUUUUUCAAUUGAAUUACUCCUGUAGUAACCACUGGUACUGCUUGAUGCCUCUGCUGUUAACCACCCUGUCAACAUACAAGACGUGAUUUAUGCAGUGCACUCGCAGAGCAAAGGCUACAAGUGACACUGCUUCAAAAAUUAAACUGCUUCAAGACAGAAAAUGAAAUUUCGUCAUAAUGUCAUCUCAUGUACCAAUCUUUAACUUCAUAACGGACCAAGGACUUGGUAGAUAAACAUUAACAGUGCAGAAAUCUUUGUCAUGUUUGUCAGCAUGUGCCAGUGUUGGACUGCAGUAUUGCACACAUACACACAUGUAGGUUAAUUACAAAAAUUGCUUGUAUGAUCUUUAAUGCUUUGAUUCUUGUCGACUGAAUAAAUAUAAGCAUAUAAACGUG